AUCUGUCCUUCCACUCUAACGUUGCCCGGAAACAAGACAAAGUACGAGAAGAAAUGAUGGAAAACUCAACCAAGACCGCCGCAGAGGAGCCCUCCAUCAACCUGUUCCAGUGCAUGAUCCUGCUCAGCUACAACCUGACUGGUGAUGCUGUGUUCGCGAAAUCCCUGGCUAGAUGCAAGGAGGUGGGAUUCCAGGAGGCAGUGGGCGGACCGGGAUUCAGGAUUGUCACGAUCCUUUUCGGACUGGCCAUCAUCGUCCCGAAUCUGCUGAUUGUGUUCGGUAUCGUCAGGGCCAGUGUCCUGCACAAACCCAUGUAUUACUUCAUCGGGAACAUCGCCGUAGUGGACGUCCUGGCCGGGGCGGUCUGCCUCUCCAUACCGCUCCUCCUCCGCUCGGACGCCGCCCAGUCUCCCAUCCAGGCCCUGUACACCACGCUGUUCUUCACGCUGUACCUGUCCCUGCUCGGCAUCGCUCUUCUGUCCAUCGACCGCUACGUGUCCAUUCAUCACGGACUCUUCUACAACACCGCCGUCAGGGGCCGUCACGCCGCGGCGGCGGUUAGCGCAGCCUGGCUCGGGAGCGCGCUUCUCUGUUACUCCGUCAUGAUGGGGUGGAACUGUCAGGACCUCGCCAUCAGCGCAGAACGAUGUGUCGGGACCUUAGAUGGCAACUACAUGAUACUGUUAACAGCUAUCAUAUUGUUGGUCAUGUUGAUUGUGGUUCAGACCAAUGUAGGUAUCUUCCUGGCUAUCAAACGUAGGUUAGAGCCACAUGAACAGGUAUGUUCUAACACGGACGGUCAACACAUAUCAUCGGCUAAGAAAAAGGUGAUUACCCUGUGGAUAGUAGUGGUCAUUUUCUUCGUUUGCUGGAUGCCUUUCCUUAUCCAGAUUAUACGGCUUUUAAACACAUUUUAUAUGACCACAAUGAAAGAGCGCUUAGCGGCUGGUGGCCUUCAGGGCUGGGGAGUGGCAAUAGCGUUUUGCUAUAUCUUUGCUCUGGUUAACCCGGUAAUUUACGCAUUUCGUCUGACGGAGCUGAGAAAUGAGGUUAAACUGCAGUUAGGAAAGUGUUGGAUUAACGUAAAACGGUGCUUUGUUCGCCCACAAAUAGCUCCUAGCAAGGACGCCACAGCUCCGCCACAGAUAGCAGUGGGAAGUAACUCUGUUCCUGGCGUCUUUUUGGUUCCUACUGUAAGUAGGCAUGUAGAUUUUCAUUCUGGAGUUCAAACAGUUUCUGACCAGUCUGAAAUAAGUCGAGAUCCGUCUAGUAUUGUGGAUAUGUUCAAAUCAGAAAUAGUCAGCACAACUCGCCACACUUUUUAUGAUACAUUAAUAACAGUGCAAUCUAGAAAUACAACACAAACUGGCGUUGUGGAUUUACCCGUGGUAAGCUAUUGAUGUUAAAGCACUAAUAGCACUCUUGGUUAAGAUUAAAUAUGACUAUGUACUUUGAUAAAUAUGACUAUGUACUUUGAUGAUAAAUGUAAUUCUAUAUAGUCUGGCUGCGAAACUGCCAUACGUUUUCUGUUAGAAUAUGUGGGGCAUAAUCACUGAGAGUUUCGACUUUCUUGCACGUAUACGUACGUUUCUUGAAUAUGCACGAAUAAUUUCAUAGAUUGGACAGCACAGUUCUUUAUUCACAACCACUUGUUUAACAACAAGGGCCGAUGUUCGAAGACCGCCUGCCAUCUUCAUCAGUGCAAUGUUGGACUGCGUUGUUAACAGUAACACCUAGUUUCAGUGAACCAGUCAUAA